AUCAGGGCCAGACGUAUUCCCUGAUCUGAUCCGAUUGCGCAAUGGAAUAAGGAGGGAGUUGGGCUCAGCUUGUUCUCUAUUCAUCACCCAGGAGCCUGUCUUCCCCCCCUCCCUCCCACUCAGCCAGCCACACCUGGAAGAGCUUAAAGCUCGGCCUGGAGCACACAGAGCCCCACAGCGUCUUCCUGGCCGGCAGCAGCACCACCAUGAAAUCCAGCAGCAGAAGCUUCUGCCUCCUCCUCCUCCUCCUGUCCCUGGUGGGGCUCCUCGCCGCCUCGGCACAGCAGCUGGACACGCCCAGACAGAACCUUACAGUUGCUGCGCAAAAAGCUGGCACGUGUCCUGGCGCAGAGGAGGCGAAGACGAGCAGUGGGAACUGCACAGAAGAGUGCCAGUCGGAUGCCAGCUGCCACGGGGUUGAGAAGUGCUGCUGGACGGGCUGUGGGGCCACUUGCCGAAUCCCAAAUGAUAAGCCAGGCUCCUGCCCAGAAAUUAUCAAUGGAAUCCCAAUGCUGGGCAUCUGCAAAGAUGAGUGCCAAAAGGAUUCAGAUUGCCAAGACACCAAGAAAUGCUGCCAGAAUGGAUGUGGCAAAUGGGCGUGCGCCAUGCCCAAAUACUGAGAUGCAGGCCGGACUCCGUGGAGCAGCUGAGGUGGGAGACUCUCCAGUAGAGCCCAUCAGCCCUAAAGACAUGAUGAUGACAGUGGUCUCCUCCCUGCCCAGCCCCCGCUGCUCUGCUUUCAGCACCUGGUCACUUCUCCACCUCCCACCUGUCGGAGCCCCCCACCCACUUUUGCAGUAAAACCCUCACUUUGCACAGCAGCCCCUGUUCUUGUGGCUUUGCUGUUGCUCUGCCCUUUGGACCACCUGUCCCCCUUGCUUUGUGCAUGCACAGAACGCCUGCCACGUUUUGGAAACGCCAUGAAAGGUGGGGAGGACACAUAAGCACCUCCCAUUCCUUCA